AUGGUUAAUCCAAGUGACUCCAUCAUCCCUGUUACUAACACCAAUUACUUGGUUCAAUUUAAUCCAGGUUCCCAACUUCCUCUAAAGCUCACUGGUCCAAUCAAUUUUGUCAAUUGGAAGGCCCAAGUCGAGUAUCUGAUGUUGGGACACGAUAUCUAUGGCUAUCUUGACGGAACUAUGACAACACCACCAAAAACUGUCACCGUCAACAACUCAGAGGAACCCAAUCCCAAAUAUAAACUCAGGUUUCGUCAGGACCAGUUGAUCCGCAAUGCAUUGAUGGCAUCUGUUGAUACGAAGAUCACCUCUGCAAUCACAAAAACUUCCACCUCCAAGCAAGCGUGGGACUCGUUACAUAACUUGUAUGCGAACAAAUCUCAUACACGGGUGCUCAGUCUUCGAAACUCCUUAGCAACAGUUAAAAAAAAUUCCCGCAGUAUGACUGAGUACUUGCGAGAGAUUAGGAACGUUGCUGAUGAACUUGCAACUGCUGGAGCUCCUAUUCUAGAUGACGAACUUGCAGUCAAAAUACUCAGUGGUCUAGGACCUGAGUAUGAUUCGAUUUCGGCGGCGAUUUGA